AUGGGAAGCCAUGCAGUUCGCGAAGGGAACUUCUGUUAUUCAAACACUGGUUGCGUGACCCACAUUUAACCUGUCCUAUUAUUAAGCAACCCCGUGAUCAAGAAAAAGGAAGACAUAUUGCUGAAUAAGUGAAUAGUGAAGAACGAGUUGAUAUUUUGUGUUGCAGAUCAAGACAGAGAUGGUGGCCCAUAAUGAGUUUUGAGCUGGGCACAUUGGACCUGGCAGAGAUGGACAACAGGAUGAAUAGUUCUGACAUGAAGACCCUGUCAACCCUGGACCACCCUUACCUCUCCUCCCUAGAGCACAGCCUCAACAGUCCCCACCACCACAGCCCAGACAGAAACCACUCAUUCAACCACAGCCCGGACAUAAACCACUCAUUCAACCACAGCCCAGACAUAAAUCACUCAUUCAACCACAGCCCAGACAUAAAUCACUCAUUCAACCACAGCCCAGACAGAAACCACUCAUUCAACCACAGCCCACACAGAAACCACUCAUUCAACCACAGCCCAGACAUAAAUCACUCCUUCAACCACAGCCCAGACAGAAACCACUCAUUCAACCACAGCCCAGACAUAAACCACUCAUUUAACCACAGCCCAGACAGAAAUCACUCAUUCAACCACAGCCCACACAGAAACCACUCAUUCAACUACCCAUACAACUACACAUACAGCGAGUACCAAUGUUCGUUAAAAGAGGAGUCCAUGUCCUCUCUUUGGUCUAGCAACUGUAGCGUUGUCAGACUGUCCAGACCCACUCUUCACUCCAAGUCCCCCACUUACACAGACCCCAGCACUCUGCUCUACAUUGACUGCAGAGUGUGUGGGGACACGGCCUCAGGCUUCCACUAUGGAGUCCAUGCCUGUGAGGGCUGCAAGGGAUUCUUCCGCAGAACCAUGCGGUUAAAACUGGUGUAUGACCACUGUGAUCUGCAUUGUCGGAUUCACAAAAAGAGCCGGAAUAAGUGCCAGUACUGUCGCUUUCAGAAAUGUCUGCUUGUGGGCAUGUCACACGAUGCCAUCCGCUUCGGCCGGAUGCCCCAGGAGGAGAGAGAGAAGCUGCUGGCUGAGUUUAUGGAUGUGUCCCCCAGGAGCCCAGAGUCAGCGGACUUGAGAGCCUUGUCCAGACAGCUGUGUCUGUCCUAUCACAGACACUUUCCCCUGACCAAGAGCAGGGCCAGAGCCAUCCUGUCUGGGAAGACCCACGGAAACUCACCGUUUGUCAUCCAUGACAUGAAGUCCCUGACAGCGGGUCAGGACUUUAUAAACAGUAGACAGUUCCCUUUCCUGGGGCACCAGAGGUCUGUCCUGCCCCCUCAAGAGCCUGCUGGGGAGCUGGAACUCUCCUUUUUCCGGCAGGUUCAGUUCCGCACCGUCGAGGCUGUACGAGAAAUCAUAGAGUUUGCCAAGAGCAUCCCUGGGUUCACAGAGCUGGACAUGAAUGACCAGGUGACCCUGCUGAAGUACGGGGUCAUCGAGGUCAUGUUGAUCAUGCUGGCGCCGCUGAUGAACAAGGACGGCACACUGUUCGCCUACGGACAGAUCUUCAUGACCCGGGAGUUCCUCAAGAGUCUGAGGAAGCCAUUCUGUGAGAUGAUUGAGCCAAAGUUUGAGUUUGCGGUAAAAUUCAACGUGCUGGAGCUGGACGAUAGUGAUACGGCGCUCUUCCUCGCUGUCAUCAUCCUCAGUGGAGACCGUCCAGGCCUGGUGAAUGUGAAGCCCAUCGAGGACCUCCAGGAGGUAGUACUGCAGGCCUUGGAGCUGCAGUUGAAGACCAUCCACCCAGACUGCCCCCAGCUGUUUGCCAGGCUGCUGCAGAAGAUGACCGAUCUGCGACCGCUGGUGGCUGACCACGUCCGCUUCAUCCACCUGCUCAAGAAGCAGGAGCUGGAGAUGUGUCUGCACCCCCUACUACAGGAAAUCAUGAGGGACCUGUACUAGAGUAGUGGGAGACUCAGUUUAACAGCUAUGAAGAAAAGAAGACUAUACACUGUACAGCAGUGGAGGCUGCUGAGGGGAGGACUGCUCAUAAUAAUGGCGCAAAUGGAAUCAAACACAUGGAAACUGCA